CACGAAUCACUCGAAGAAACGAGUACGCAAACCGAGACCGCCCUGAGAGUUUCAAUCACGAAGAAUGGCUGAAGCGAAGAGCAAUUUCGAUUCCAUUCGAGAAUGGGUCGUCGAGCACAAGCUUCGCACCGUUGGAUGUUUGUGGCUAAGCGGCGUAGCGGGUUCGAUCGCCUACAAUUGGUCCCAACCCAACAUGAAGACCAGUGUCAAGAUCAUUCAUGCUAGGUUGCAUGCACAAGCUCUGACCCUUGCCGCACUAGCUGGAGCUGCUGUUGUUGAAUAUUACGACCAUAGAUCAGGAGCAAAGCAAGAGCGCGUCGCUAAGUUUCUCGGUGCAAAUGGACAUCCACACAAAGAUUGAGACCAAUAUUUCAUUCGACAAUGCUUGAAAUAUAUUCCCAGAAAGAUCGGAGGGCAAUAUUUCAUUACAUUAGACAUGUUCGAAUAGAUUUCUAAGUACUAUUAUUCUUGUCAAUAACCAUGACUAUUGUCAUACUAACCACCCGCAUUUUCCGCUAUAGCAUGGUUUUGAGUUUCUACAGAGGAUGACCAUUUGUUGUCAUUGUUAUUGUCAUCCUAUAAGGAGUGUUCGAUACAGUAUUGAGGGGUUGUAUUGAUGCGAUAGCCAUAUUGAUUUUAUAAUC